AUGACACUUGGAACCCAGAAAGUUGAGAAGUUUGGAGUACCAGAGCCUAUAAAAUCAGAGGGGCUCAAGCAAUAUUAUGUCACAAAAAUUGAGGAAUUACAGCUGAUAGUUGCAGAGAAAAUUCAAAAUCUCAGACGAUUAGAAGCCCAAAGAAAUGAACUUAAUGCUAAAGUGCGUUUAUUAAGAGAGGAACUACAAUUGCUUCAGGAGUCCGGGUCGUACGUAGGUGAGGUUGUCAAGGCAAUGGAUAAGAAGAAAGUUCUCGUAAAGGUCCAUCCAGAGGGCAAAUUUGUAGUUGACAUAGACAAGAACAUUGACAUAACUGAUGUGACACCGAAUUGCAGAGUGGCGCUAAGAAGUGACAGCUACACAUUACAUAAAAUAUUGCCUAAUAAGGUGGACCCCCUUGUGAGUCUAAUGAUGGUGGAAAAGGUACCUGACUCAACUUACGAAAAUGUAGGGGGUCUCGAUAAACAGAUUAAAGAAAUAAAAGAGGUCAUUGAACUACCUGUCAAACAUCCUGAACUUUUUGAUGCUCUUGGCAUUGCCCAGCCUAAGGGUGUGUUGUUAUAUGGACCUCCUGGUACUGGCAAGACCCUGCUAGCCAGGGCUGUUGCCCACCACACUGAAUGCACCUUCAUAAGGGUGUCAGGGUCAGAGCUGGUUCAGAAGUUUAUUGGUGAGGGCUCAAGGAUGGUCAGAGAGUUGUUUGUUAUGGCCAGGGAGCAUGCCCCAUCCAUCAUCUUCAUGGAUGAGAUCGAUUCUAUUGGUUCAGCCAGAUUGGAAGGGGGCUCUGGAGGAGACAGUGAAGUACAGAGGACAAUGUUGGAACUUCUCAAUCAGUUGGAUGGUUUUGAACCCAAACAAAACAUCAAGGUGAUCAUGGCCACGAAUCGCAUAGACAUAUUAGACUCCGCCCUCCUCCGACCCGGAAGGAUAGAUCGAAAGAUCGAAUUCCCCGCUCCAAACGAGGAGGCCCGACUCGACAUUUUGAAAAUCCACUCGAGAAAGAUGAAUCUAACCAGAGGGAUUAACCUGAGGAUGAUUGCCGAGAUGAUGCCCGGUGCCUCCGGUGCCGAAGUCAAGGGUGUGUGCACUGAAGCUGGAAUGUAUGCCUUGAGGGAGAGGAGAGUCCAUGUAACACAGGAAGAUUUCGAAUUGGCUGUCGCUAAGGUUAUGCAGAAAGACAGUGAGAAGAACAUGUCUAUAAAGAAACUUUGGAAAUAA